AUGUCGCGAUCGUUUCUAGUGGAUUCGUUGAUCAGUGAUAAACCGACACCGGCGAAAAAGAGCUUCCCGUAUGCGGGCUCUUUCACACAGCUUCCCGUUACACCACCAGGAGCCACUUUGCCCUAUUCGGCAUGUUACGUCGGCAGCUAUCUCUUCUCGCUGGGACUUCAGCAACAACAGCAACAGCAACAGCAGCAGCAGCACAUGCUGACCCAACCUCAGCAGACGCUUUUCCCGCACACACCCACACACCAACCGGUGCUGCCAUUCUGGCAGUCGGAAACCAAGCACGAGCUUUCGCCAAAGCUCUACCAACCGACGGAUGUGUCGCCACCGAAGCUUUCCCCCAAGCAGGACUACUACCGGCGGCUUUACCGAGGCGAGAAAACUCCCGAACGUUACGCACCCUAUCCCAGCCGAUCGUCGGCCACCGUCACCGAGCCAACCAGUGUGAUCGUCACGCCAACUCCUUCAAUGCCACCAAGUCCUUCGCCAACACGCUCGAUCGAUCCGGCCACCCAAACGUACGCCAUCGAUGAUGAGCUGUCGAGCAAACGCAUCCGGACGGCUUUUACCAGCACGCAGCUGCUUGAGUUGGAGCGCGAAUUCGCCGGCAACAUGUACCUGACGCGAUUGCGCCGUAUCGAGAUCGCAACACGGCUCCGGUUGUCGGAGAAGCAGGUUAAGAUUUGGUUCCAGAAUCGGCGCGUUAAGCGCAAGAAGGGUGAUGCACCGUUUGGAGUCGAGUUGACUGUUGGAACAGCGGGUUCUACGGUUAAGGAGCACCAGCAUGGUCAGCAUUGCUGUUGCCGCGGAUCGCACUGUGGCGGUGGUGGUAGUGGAGCUGGUUCGGAUUCCGAGGAGAUGUCCUUGGUGCAGGGUCCUAGCGAUUCUCCCGUCGGAGCAGGCCAACCGCAGCAGGAUCGUGCUUGGGACUUUAGCAAGGCGUACCAGCAGUGA